AUGAAUCCCUACACAAACGGUUGGCCUACCAACUGGUAUCAAGCACAAUAUAACCCUCAUGUAUACGUCCCCCCCUCCUACCAAUAUCCAGCGGGAUGGUACGGAUAUAACUCCGAACAUGCACCACCAAAAUCUAAAUGGCCCAGCCUCAACCCCACUCUUGCAUCAGACACGACCUACGUGCGCUAUGAUAUCCGCAAGCCCGCUCGGGAAGGGAUCAUGCUAUCUACAUGGAACCAAAUUAGCCACGUUCCAGCAUUCGUGGCGCCUACGUACGAGGUCCUUAUCAUAUCGAAGGCAUUCCCUUGGUCAAUCGUUAUCCGCGCGCCUGCUGGGUCUGUAGUCACAUGCGGCGCGGUCUUUGACGGAUUGCAUGAAAUGCUACAGAAGCAUAUCGAAGACUCGGAGUGGGCAAUCGUGGCCCUUGAUAAGACACGGAGAGAAGCAAUCGAGAAAGCUGCAAAGUCGAGGCAAGAGAAGGACAAGGAUAAACAACUGAAGAGAAUUGAUUGGCUGGGGGACACACCAAUGUUCAAGGGGCUAGAGAAGGACGAGGAAUUUGCGAAAAAGAGACAUUUACCCGGAAGUGCGACUGUCGCAGAGACGUGGGUGGUGAGAUUUGUGAAACAGUGA